CAAAACAUCGAACUCCAUCACUCAUCACACUUCUCCGCCCACAACACCACCCACCAUGGCCACCGCCCCGCUCAUCACAUUCAAGGCCGGUCUGUGCGACUUCAGUGGCCGCACCGUUACUCCCGAUGCUCGCCCCGGCUACAUCUACCUCUACAGCGAAGAGGAACUGCUGCACUUUUGCUGGCGACCUCGAGCAGCACCCUCCACCGAGCCCGAGGUCGACCUGCUCAUGUUUCCUUCCGAUGGUCACUUCUUCCCUCUCGUCAAGGAGCAAGGAGCUGAGCAAUUGCACUCGCCCACGAACGGCCGCAUCUUCGUUCUCAAGUUCAGCAGCAGCAACCAGAAACACUACUUUUGGAUGCAGAGCAAGUCACAGUCACGUCAAGGAGAGACCAGCUGGUUCAGCGAGCGUGAUCAACGCAUCGGCCAGAUCGUUGACCAACUCCUGCAGGGCGAGGAUGUUGAUGUGACUGCUGAAAUUGAUGAGAUCCGCGGCGGCGGCAACUCUGGCACCGAUGGAGAUGCGGACGCAAUGGAAGUUGACCAGGACCGCACAUUGGGAAGACAAGAAUCGGGAGGUGCUGGACAGGAUGCUACUGGUGGUGACCCACGCGAAGAGGGCGAGGCGAGCAGAGAAGGUGGAGCCGAUGGCGGUAGAGCUGCACCGUCAUCCUCUUCAGCGCCACAAGAUACCAACGCAGUGGUACAGAACUUCCUAAACUCACUAAAAGGUGGAAGCGCACUCGGCUCUCAACAACAGGCUGCCGAGAAGCCAUUCACCACAUUGCCGGAUCUCCUUUCCACAUCAACAACCACAGCAUACAUAUCCGAAGCAUCGCAUCAGCAGAUCGACAACCUGUGCUCGUACCUCCCACCUGAGCUCUUUCUUCUAGCUCAAGAAUCAUCAUCAUCCACAUCAGCGGCAGAAGUCACUCCAGCUACGGCACAGGCAGCACUAGAAACACUCUCGAUUGGGCAAAAUAAGGAGAUAUUGAACAAGGUGCUUCGAUCUCCCCAGUUACAGCAGAGUCUUGGCUCCUUGACGGUAGCUUUGCGGGAUGGUGGCCUACCAAUGAUCUCAGAAGCACUGGGAAUCAAGGUCGAAAACGGCGGAAACAUUAAGGGUGGCAGUAUGCCGCUGGGUGGGUCCGCUGCUGUGGAAGCCUUCGUCGAUGGCGUCAAAAAGACUGCCGAAGAGGAAGCUGGGAAGAAAUAAGGGGUCUGCGUCCGUGUUGCUGUUGUCGAUUCGAUUUCCAUUAUUGUGAAUGGUUCUCAACAUUGACUUGGUCCACAUUGAUCAUCCCGCACAUCUCGUGGACAGCAUGUAGAAGGAAUUGCAGAAGCUCGUCACUUUAGCAUAGAAGACACAUCGUUCUGUGAACGAUGCAGAACGUCAAAAUGACACA